UCGCAUAACACGUCAGUGUUUAGGUUUUUAAGUAGCAAGUUCUGCACAAAACUGAAGCAAACGUAUUGCUGACCAGCAAUACCGAGUCGGUUACCGAUCGAAAUAAACACAAAGAACUCGGGUGUAUAGUGUAAAACUAAUGCAAAUCAAAGGCACAAUAUUUGGAAGAAAAGAUAAACAGACACAGCAACCAAGGUAACAACAAGAACUACGACAGGAAGCGCAACUAGAAAGCAGAUGCAACUGGAAAGAAAGAAUAGCAGCUGAGAUACACUUGGAGAGAUAAUCGGUAGAAAAGAAGAAGAGCUGCCACGCAAAACUGUUUUACAUUUUUUGUUGUGACGUGUGUGUAAUUUAAGCUGAUAAUUAAACUUCAGUUUCUAAUCACAACUGGUCGAGACACCCACACAGACAUACGUGCGCACACAAACGCACAGACGCCCACACACACAUAGGCACGCACACACUUAAGAAGGCGCAUCAUGGCGCUGCCUUUGAGCGAUCUGCUGCUGCUUGGCAGCGGAGAAAAGAAAUUGGCCGCCUGUGUGUUGCUUUUGCUGUUGGAGCUCUUUAUGGAAGGCGCUGAUGCAGCGGCAUCGAAUCAGGCAGAUAUUGACAACCAUCUGGAGUUGGGCAAGGAUUUAUUAGCUCGUGGUCAACUCUCAGAUGCAUUGACGCAUUAUCAUGCGGCUGUUGAGGGCGAUCCUAACAAUUAUCUGACUCUAUUCAAACGGGGAACUGUCUACUUGGCGCUUGGAAAGACACGUUUCGCAAUCCAAGACUUUAGUCGCGUCCUAGAACUGAAGCCGGACUUUACAGCGGCGCGCAGCCAACGCGGUUUAGUGCAUAUGAAGAACGGCGAUUAUGACAAUGCGCUAGUGGACUUUGAGUAUGUUCUUGGCGAAGAGCCACAGAAUGCACUGGUCCACGAGCACUAUGGCAGACUGCGACCAGCCCAGGAGCAGUGGGAGUUGGUCCAGCGACUGAUGAACAACAAUGAUGAUCAGAAUGCCAUUGGCAUGAUCACACAACUGCUGGAGAUCUCUCCCUGGUCUGUGCCAUUCAGACAGGCACGCUCUGAUGCCUAUCUAAAGACAAACGAUGUGCUGUCAGCCAUAUCUGAUCUGCGGCAAGUGAAUCGACUGUCACAGGACAGCACAGAGGGUCAUUACGUCAUAGCACAACUGCUGUACAACAUUGGACAUGCUACCAAUGCGCUGAAAGAAAUACGGGAGUGCCUCAAGUUUGAUCCCGAACACAAGCUCUGUUUUCCAUUCUACAAGAAGCUGCGCAAAGUCGAGAAACAACUUGUGACAGCUGAGCAGGCACGCGAAGAGAAACAGGCUGAACAGUGCAUCACAGCUGCUGAGGCUGUUUUGAAGCACGAACCCGAGGAGACAAUGGUGCGAUACGAGGCGCACAAGCUGUUGUGCUCCUGCUACUCCACAGACGAACAAUACGGCAAAGCGCUGUCGCAGUGCAAACUGGCGCUAGACAUUAUGAAGGAUGCCCAGGUGUAUUGUGAUCGUGCUGAGGCGCUGCUGGGCAGUGAAAUGUAUGAUGAUGCCAUACAUGAUUACCAGGCGGCCAUCGAAAUUGAUGAGAACAAUGCGCGGGCAAAGGAAGGCAUUCAGAAGGCCAAGAAAUUGCAGAAGCAGGCGGAGCGACGAGAUUACUACAAAAUUCUUGGCGUGAAACGCAACGCAAGCAAACAGGAGAUUGUGAAGGCUUAUCGCAAGGCGGCUCAAAAGUGGCAUCCCGACAACUUUAAGGAUGAGGAGAAGAAGCUGGCGGAAAAGAAGUUCAUUGACAUUGCUGCCGCGAAGGAAGUGCUGACAGAUCCUGAGAAGCGAAGACAAUUUGACAGUGGCAGCGAUCCAUUAGACCCAGAGAGCAAUCAAAAUGGUUUCCGUGGUGCUGAUCCAUUUGCGCACUUCCAACACGGUUCGCCGUUCCAGUUCAAGUUCCACUUCAAUUAAUUAAAGAGAGAGAGAGUUAUUGUACUGGGGCCAGAUGCCAUUGUUUGUUGAGCAGGUUUCUUUGUGAUUUUCUUCGAUAUCAGUUCAGUUCAGUUCAGUUAAUCCUCUUCCUUCCAUACUCCACUCCACGCUACACCAACUUCUUCCUUUACCCCACAAAAUCAUAAGAUGCAUUUCUAUCGACGCCUAUCCCAAGUUGUACGAUUUUACACUUGUUUGUGUUGCAACUCUUAAAUAUCGUGUAAAUAGUAGCUUAAAGACAAUGCCCGAUAACUGAAACACAAGACACAAAAACAAGAAUAUUAAAGAAUACAAAAACAAAAACAACACUGAAAAAUUAAA